AUGCACAAGUUACUUCAACAAGUGGGUAGACAAGCAGUUCAAAGACAGGAGCUUGGAAACGCCAAAUCAAUAAUGCUGAUGAGAUUUGUGAUGUCCUUGAAACUGAUUCUCGUCUACGAGAAACGUGGUACAAAUGUUAGAGUGCAUGUACCUGAGGACAUGGAUUUCCCACCUCGUCUAAGCAAGCUCGAGAAGCUUUGGCAAGGAACCCAGCCCCUUACAAAUCUCAAGAGGAUGGAUUUGUCACUGGUCCUCAAUCUUAAGGAACUCCCUGAUCUUUCAUACGCUACCAAUCUCGAGAAACUAGCGGUGGACGGUUGCUAUAGUUUGGUAGAGAUUCAUUCAUCUAUUGGAAAUCUUCCUAAACUAGAGGAGUUGCAGAUGGAUUACUGUAUAAAGUACAAGUUGCUCCCACUCUCUUCAACUUGGCAUCUCUUGAAACAGUCACCAUGCUGGGAUGCGGGCAAUUUAUGUCUCACUAUAUUGGGCAGUCUCGUCCAUAUCCAACUUGGAAUUUUCCAUGGCAUACGGGCACAGAUAUUGAGAGAAUUCCAGAUUGGAUCAGAGAUCUUCAUGUUUUCCCCAACUGCUUCAAAUUGGGUCAAGAAGCAAGGAGAGUCAUUACACAUCAAUUUUUCACGAUUGCAUGCUUACCCGGAAGAAAUGCCAGCUGAGUUCGAUCACCGAGCUCUAGGAAGUUCCUUGACCAUCUCUUCAGAUUCCUACAGAUUUAGAGUCUGCCUCUUGGACAACGAGGUGUUGUUCCAAUUCAGCACAUCAUCCAAUCAACACGAAAUUGUUCAAUGUGGUGUCCAGAUCUUGACAACAGACGACGAUGAUGAUGAUGUAAGCAUUCUCGCUGCUGGGAGCUAUAUGAGUGUGAUGAACAAGUACUGUCUCUAG